GUCUGCGUGAUCUGCGAUCUGGGACGGGCAACGUAGCGCCUUCACGUGGCAGCACUGAGAUCGCGCCUGCGCCUGCGGUACUGGUCGACCUUUCACGAGACAGCAACUCUCCCCAGCCUCCUCUCGCUCCCCGGCCAACGCCAUCCUCGCAGAACCUCUCCUGCUGGCCACGUAGAAGAGAUCACGCCGCCAGCAUGGCGUCCUCGUCCGUGUACUACCAGCAGAACGGGAACGGCUACUCCGACAAGCCGCUGUACAAUGGCCUCCCAACGCAUUCCACCGCCGUCCGCGAAAAGUGGCACAGACACCACCAUACGUCCUCCUGGCUGCUUCCACUCUCCCUCCCCAUCCCAGGCGUGCGCACGCGUCGUCUGCGGAUCAUGACCCCCAACCCUGCACGACUGCACCAAUUCACCGUCACUCGGUUCGGCCGGAGACGAGGGCCGCUUGUGCUGUUCAUAGGUGUCAUCGUCACCGUGUUCACCAUCUUCGCGCUACACAAGCGGUUUGCGACACCAGAAAAAAAUUGGCCGACGCUCUCGCCUGGAGACCCGUCCACGUUGGUCUAUAAGCGCGAAGACCUCCAGCGAAUAUGGGAAUGGGAGAUUGCCGCAGGGCACUAUCCGAGCAGCCAGAAGCUUCCCAAGCAAUUAGGCUUGUCCGCGCCACCAUACAACCCGGCACUCCCUGCCAAGAAGUCAGCUACGAUACCCUCACGAUACAGGUCGCCUACCGCGACUGACACGAUCGGGACUGGCUCACAGCGCGUGUACCUCGAUAUACAGUCGAAAGCGCCCAGCGUCGCUUACCCGCCCAGGCCUGUGUCAGGGAGCGUGGCGGACUUGGAUGUCGUGAUGGAGCAUUGCGAGUUCCCCAAGAAGUACGUCAGGGACUGCUUGGAAGUACUCCGCAUAGGAGCUGGUCUGGAUAACCAGGCACGCCUCCGGAGAGGGAAGAUGGACGACUGGAAGUAUGUUUUCCUCGAGGACGGCCCAGGGGACAAUGUCACAGACUCCGAUGCUAUCAGACCGAACUACCCGCACAAGGCGCAUGCUGACUCCGACGUCAGCUCAGACUUCCCGAAGAAGCGUGGUGCUGAAUGGGAGCUACCUAUAAGGUUGGGCACACCUCCUAAGUACCGGCCUUACAACGACCAGCCGGCUUCCUGUGACGAUGAGAACCCUCGCUAUUUCCACAUGUUCUGGACCGGGUCGUUCACCGACAAGCCAUAUCUCGCACUGCUCUCCUACUUGUUCACGCAGAACCUGGGACUGCAUCUCGACAACGAGCACCUCGACCCGAAGGUCUGCCGCCCCAAGUUCAUCCUGUGGAUCAGCCCGGGUCCUGCAGCAGUGCCCCCUGGUCCCAAUGCCCUGCGCGAGAUGUACGACGGCCUCAAAGCUAACCCAUGGGCAUCGCCAUUUCUCCAUCCGCGGUUCAAGGACAUCAUCGAGUUCAGACUGUGGAACACUACGGAACAGCUGGACGGUAUCCCCGAGCUCAAGGACGAGUGGAGGGCUAUGCGUGAGAGCCUCUUCAACUCGGGAGGUUUCGUGGAGAAGGUCCCUGUCAACGCCGUACAGGAGCAGAGCACGGAGACUGCCGGCGAAGACGAGGAUGCGACCGUCGCUGCUGCCCCUGCUCCUACCACCGGCGGCAGCGGCCACGAAGACAAGGUGAACCGUGUCGGGUCGAAGUCGGCUUCAGAGUAUGAUCGGCUGUCCGUCAUUCUUUCGGACAUGGCGCGCUUCGUGCUCUGUCACCGCUUUGGAGGCAUCUACCUCGACGCGGACACUAUUUUCCUCCGCGAUUGGGAGGAGUUGUGGGGAUGGCGGGGCGCGUUCGCCUACAGGUGGUCUCGUCUGGAGAAGUACAACACUGCGGUCCUCCGGAUGAACAAGAAUUCCGCCCUGGGCACGUUCCUCUUCCGGACGGCACUGAAGAACGGUCUGGACUUCCACCCGAUGACGGUUUCGCGAUACACGAAGGAUGCUUAUCUGGAGGGUCUACUUUUGCGUCUCCCGGAUGCGCUGUUCGAUUCGGCCUGGCUGAAUACCGAGUACUAUCAGCGGGAUCGUCCGCCUCAGCCCUACUUGGCCGACUUCAGCCACCUCUUCGACACUCCACGGGAUCUGAGUGCUGCCCCAGGGGCACUUGGGUUUGACGGCUUCUAUAAGGGCGCGUACUCGUAUCAUUUCCACAACUUUUGGUGGAGACCAUUUGAUCCAUCUCGCAAUUGGCCCGACUUGGGCGAGCGCUUCAUCAACGGUGAGCGCAUCGCUCGCGCGACCGCGGCUGCGGAAUCCGGUCAGAUCAUUCCCGACCAGGAGGACGAUGUAGUGGGGAACGACAAGCGCGACCUCGACUGGGCGGCCGUGCUGAAGCGGACGUUCGAGGCAUACAUCCGGGGGGAGAGGCCGAACAUGUACGGAGAGUGGCUGCGGUGGUGAGUCGCCCCUGGACAUCGAACAGUAACUUGCGCUCCACGUCCGCCGGGCUUGAGGCUGUCGGCUUGGUGCGUGGACCCCGGGAGAGGUCCGUGCUGGCGUGGCGGCCAUGUG